AUUCUUAUCAAAAAAUAGAGCUAAACAAGAUUUUCUCAAAGGCAAUUCUCCAUUUUUAUGAACAAAUAGAGCUAAAUUCAUACCUAAAUAAAAUGCAAAAUUCCAAAAAAAUUGAUUGAUCCUUCUUCUUCGGAACGUAUACAGAAAUAAAAUCACAAACAUAAUGAUCAUGAUUUGGCAUUUGGGAAAGUGGACUGAAGACAAUAAAUACAAUGAUUACGAGACUGAAGGAAUAGUCUUAAAUGAAUAUGCCUCUCAUAGAGACUUGGUUGAGUUAAUUGGUAGCCAGCUGAUGAUAGACUUGAGAGUGAAAACUGUGAAGAUUAAAUACAGUGUUGAGGGUGUCAAUAAACUAAUAGAGAUACACAAUGAUAUGGGAGUCAAGGUGUAUAUACAAUUGAAGAAAUUAAACAAUGUGCUUGCCAAGUAUCCUCUGUGUGUUAAUUUUUCUGAUGAUGAGAUCAGCAAGGAUGUAUCAGCAGGAAAUCUUAUUGGAAAUGAACUUAUGUCUGCAAAUGAUUUUGAACUUGAUACAGUAACUUCAAUUGAUCCACUUCAAAUGAUGAUUCCAGACUAUGGCAAGCCAAUAACAUUGCAGAAUUUUAUUUUUGAUACUAAUAAAAAAGAAAUAGUUGUUGGCCAGCGAUACAAAGACAAGGCUACACUUCAGGCUGUAAUGCAUAACUAUUCGAUUAAUCACCGAUUUGCUACAAAAGUACCUAGGUCUAAUGCGAGCAGCUAUUGGCUUAAAUGUAAAUCUAAAGAAUGCAAGUAUUUUCUCAAGUCAUCAAGCCUGAAUGAUUCUAAAGAUUUUGCAGUUCGGACUUUUGUAAGCGAACAUACGUGUUCACUAAAGGAAAAUAUCUACAAAGACUCUCAUGCUACUAGCAAAUUGAUAGCAGGGAUUAUUAAAUCAAAAAUAGCCAAUUUAAGGAGAAAAUAUACACCAACUGAUAUUAGAGAUGAUAUAAAGGAAGACAUUGGACUAGAUGUGACAUACAUGGUGGCUUGGCGUGCUAAGGAGAAGGCAGUAGAUUCUAUAAUGGGGAAAUCGGCCCGAUCUUUCCAGAAGUUACCUGCAUACUUAUACACCAUGGAAAAAACUUACCCUGGAUCACAUAUUCAAAUGAAGAAAAUGCCUGAAAAUUGA